GAUCCGGUAAUGUGUGUUGCUUUGCUUUGUCUGUGUUUGCGUUCCUGUCAUCUUAUUAUUAAACAAUUCAAAUUAAAUAAUAAUCCAAAUUUACUGAUUACUUCCACUUGCAAUAAUGGAAGAAUCUAAUAGUUAUUUCAUAAUUUAGAUAGAGUGGCCUAUUUUCAACCGAAAAAAACAGUGUUUACUUGAAAUUAACUAGUGCAAUGAAUCAUUGAUUUUGUUUUCAGGCAAUGAGGUUUGGUGGUUUUUAUCUUUGAUUCCUCUAUUAUUAUUUAUUAUAGAGUGAAUUGAAGGCUAGAAUGUACAGUACAGUGUAAUAUGGACUGAAAAUUGUGUUUAUAAAAAUGAAUAAUUACAUGCAAAGACUGGGUUUAACAGCAUGGCGAAAGAAAACAACAAUCCUGGUAGCCUCAGGAUUUCUAUCAUUAAUUAUCUUUGGAUUACAAUUUUCUAGAUUAGAAGACAACAGCAAUUUAAGUGCGAUAUUGAAAGACGAAAAAGAUGCAGAGGUAGUCGCAGCAGCGCUAGCGAAAAGUAUAAAUAACGUAAGAUUCAUCGAAUCUUCAAAUAAAAAUAAAGUAUCAGUUACAGAAUUGGAUGAUGAAGUAUUGAAUGAUAUCACAAUCAAAAGAGAAGCUAAAUCUGAAAAACAAACGGAAAAUGUACAGAUGGAACAGCAACUUGGUAUACCCUAUGUCAAUUUGGAUCCGAAAAAUCCUUAUAUUCCAAAAACCAGAAUAGUUCAUUUGGAUUUCAAGGGAGCACCUCCAGUUAUUUCAUAUUUGAAGAAAUUUUUUCCACUAAUUAAGCAAAUGGGAGCGACUGGAGUGUUAUUAGAAUAUGAAGACAUGUUCCCUUUUUCUGGUUUCUUGAAAAAUAUAUCUGCAAAAAAUGCUUACUCUGUGGAUAACAUCAAAGAAAUUUUAAGUUUGGCAGAAAGUUCUCAGUUAGACGUUAUACCAUUAGUGCAGACGUUUGGUCAUGUAGAAUUCGCUUUAAAACAUGCGGAGUUUGCAUAUUUAAGAGAAGUCAGUAACAGCCCACAAGCCCUAUGUCCGAGCAGAAAAAGUUCUCUGGAUUUUAUCACAGAACUAAUUAAUCAGGUUAUGGCUCUACAUCCUAAGGUAAAAUACCUUCAUAUUGGCUGUGAUGAAGUCUUUCAAAUGGGGGAGUGCGAUUUAUGUCGUUUGGAAAUACACGAAAAUCUCUUUUUGAAACAUAUAAAAAAUGUCGUCGAUAUAGUUCGUAUUAAGUAUCCAUCAAUUAAAAUUAUAGUAUGGGAUGACAUGUUACGACAUAUCUCUCAACAGUCUAUGCUUGAUGCUAAAAUUGGAGAAUUGGUAGAACCAAUGGUGUGGGUGUAUGCAGAGGAUAUUUACAGGUUUGUUCAACCUACGAUAUGGGAGAAAUAUGCAGCAGUCUUUAAAACAGCAUGGUCAGCAUCGGCUUUUAAAGGAGCUUUCGGAGAAACAUUGUACAUUCCCAGCGCUCGCAGACAUUUAGAAAAUACUUUAAGGUGGUUGGAUACGAUGGCAGCUCAAUCUUCAGCUUUCAAACAUGGAUUAUCUGGAAUCACUAUCACCGGUUGGCAAAGAUAUGAUCAUUUUGCUGUUUUGUGCGAACUCCUACCUGCCGCAAUACCAUCGUUAGCAUUAAGCCUUCUCGCCGCAACUCAUGGCUAUUUCAAUUCAUCGUUGAAAGAAAAGUUUUUGAAGGCGCUAAGUUGCCCCGAGCCCAGUAUAGACAGUUCACCAUUUAUCAUGUUGGAAUCGGAUCCAUUUCUCUGGGAAAAACUUAGUAGAUGCACAUUUCCAGGAAGUCCGGUGUUUAGACUAACAAGCCGUCUACGAAACAUCGAACUUGAAGCUAAAGAGUUCCUAGAUGUCACUCUGAAGCAAAAAGGUUGGAUGACGGCAUAUAACGUACGCUACAACUAUAGUUUAGCUUUAAGAGUUGAAGAGCUGACUUUGGACUUACCGAGGCUCUAUCACGGCAUGAUAUCUUUAGCUAGAGCCACCGUAGACGCGAUGGACGAUAUUUUCGAUAAUUACACCAUUUCAGAAUGGAUAGAGCAGAGGAUUUAUCCGUAUUUAAUCGAGUUUGAGAAAAUAGAAAACGACAGCGUCGUCCUAAAAAGUGUUAAUCAUUGGCCUAGCCGGCCGUUGCCCGUUUCGCCGAAAAUGCAGAAAUUGGCACUCAGCAUAGGUUUACACUAAUGUAGACGUUUCUAUUCAAUGUUAAACGAUUUAAUUUCAUCACUUUAAUGGAUCUCCAGUCUUUUACCUCGCUGCGAAUAAAUUACGUCGUUUCUCGAGUAGUCACAUUGCGCGGUAGGCGGGAUCGAUAAAAAAAAACGAUUUUGUACAGAUUUUAUAUUAAAAUCAUAGGAAAAUUUGUUGUCAAUAGGAGGAUGUUCUCGCUAAUUAUAAAAUUACGAUAUUUAGUUUGCUGAUAUACACUGCGUACCAAAAUUAACGUAUAAUUUUAAAAAUUACGUUUCCGGUUGUAAUGAUUACAUCUUUUGUACAUUGAUGGCUCAAUCAAAAACCGCCACAAGUCAAAAAACGAAGAAAAUUACAUUUUUGGUUUAAUGUAUUCAAAAUAUCGUUGAGAUUUUAUUUUAAAUACCGCCACAAAUCAAAAUAUUUUUGUUUUGUUUAGAUCUCUUAUCGCUCCACUCAGUUCAGCUAAGCUUACCUUCUUAUUUACCUUAUCUAAUUCAUGAUUAAGGGCGUGAAAAUCAUCCGUGGUCCUUGGUUUUUCUUUCUGUCUGUUGGUUCCUGUAGCAGCUUCAGAUAUCGGAGUAAAUUUUGGAAAACUUCGGUGUGGGUGGACUCAUCCAGUUUUAAUUUUGAUGUCUUCUUGUAUCUCAUCAUUCUAUUUCAAUAUAAAAUAUAAUUUCUAUUUAUCAUUACUUAUCAUUAUUUGAAUUAUUUAUUUUUACUUUCAUUUCAAGGGAACAUGUUUAAUAAUUAACUUAAAAUACUUCUUUGACGGUUUAAACCAAAGUGGAUUGAACGUAUGCGUUAAUUUUGGUGCGCAGUGUAUUUAACUUGCAAAGUUCGUUUAAUCGAUAGAGAAUUAAAAGAUAACUUGUUUCAAAAGUUAGAAGAAAGUGGGUUUAAUUAUCUGGUAUUUAUAAUACUUUGUAAUAUCAUUUAGAUAGAAAACAUGAUUUUGUUUUAAUGUUAAUAAGACUGAGUUUGGAUAGUAAUUAGCCAGAAAUCUAAAAAAUAUAAUUCCAACUCUCCUUGUACAAUGUUUACAUGGAUUUUAAAUUGGCAUUGACGUUAAUCUUAGUUGAAUUCAAAUUUGACAGCCGUUUUUCAUUUUUGUUACGUUUCUGCUUAGAUUAAGCCGUAUUUUAGAGACUUUCAAAACUUCAUCUACAAAGCACACACUCAAUGUACAUACAAUCAAUUAAAACUUAAUAUUUGAAGUUGGUAAAAGUGUUAGACAAUUAGAUAAUAGAAAACCUCAUAACUAUUAAAAAUUCAGUGUAGUUCGUAAAAGUCUUUAUACUUGAAGCCUUAGACGUGAAAUCAUCAGUGAUAGAAAAAAUACUCGUUUUUUUGUAUAGGUAGUUAUAUUUCAGUUUUCGAUCUUAUGAUAGGUUGUAUUAGAAACAAACCAAAAUUGUGCUACGUAAGAGUAAAUAUGUUUUGUGAUUUUGACUUUUAUAGACCAUUUAACAAGUUAUAGUCGAAGAACAACUUUAGACUGAAUUGAAAAAAAAACAGAAUAACCAUGAUUUGCUCUGGUUUUACGCAUACGUCAAAAUAAACACAAACUUCGAUGCUGUAUUCUUGGGAGUGUGUGAAAACCUAGUUAUUGUUAAAGAAGAGACCAAUUGUGUCAAAUUAAAGCUGAAAGUUGUCAUAAUAACAAACAAAUUUCGGUGUUACAUUUUUGGAGUAAGUGCAAACAAAGGCAACCCUGGUUAUUACUAAAAAGCUGGCUGUCAGCUUUCAUUUGACACCAAUUGUGUCAAAAAAAGUUGACAAAUGUCAAAAUAACAACAAACUUCGGUGAUACAUUUUUGGAGUGAGUGCAAAUAAAGAUAACCUUACUUAUUGUUAAAGAAGACGUUAUCAGCUCUCAUUUGUCACCAAUUCGGUCAAAAUCGCGAGUUUUGCGAAGGGUAGUUCUAUUUUGAUGCAAUUAGUGUCAUAAAACUAGACAGCCUCUUUUUUAAUAAAAACUAGGGUUGCCUUUGUUUACACUUUCUCCAAAAAUGUAGCACCAAAUUUUGUUGCUAUAUUGAUAUCUGUCAGCAUCCUUUUUGACAAUAACUAGGGUUGCCUUUAUUUGCAUUCAUGUAAAAAAUGUAGCACUUCAGUUUGUUACUAUUUUGCCAUCUGUCAGUUUUAAUUUAACGCAAUAGGUGUCAAAUGGAAGCUGACAGUCUCUUUUUUGACAACUAGGGUUGCCUUUGUUUGUAUUCACCAAAAAAAAUGUAGCAUCAAAAUUUGUUAUUAUUUUGACAUGUGUCAGUUUUCAUUUAAAACGUAAUAGGUGUCAAAUGAAAGCUGACAGUCUCCUUUUUAACAAUAAUUGGGGUUGCCUUUGUCUACACUCACUCCAAAAAUGGAGCACCCAAGUUUGUUAAUAUUUUGACAUCUGCGUAAACUAUGGUUGGUCUGGUUCGGUUUUUUACAGCCAGCUUUUCAGUCCAUUACAAGAUUUUCGAGAUAUCAGUUUUUAAAAUAAAAAAAAAAAAAUUAAUUUAAAUAAGAUAUUUUAAAAUAUUUUGAAAUUUAUCAUUUAUUAAAUAAAAAAGGAUGUAUGAAAGUAAAAAUUUACACAAAACAUGUCUUCUCUUAAGUAAAAUUACUUUUAAGUUUAUAUUAAAAAAAAAAUAGAAAAUAUGCCAAAGACGUUGAUUCAAAAUAUUUUUUAUAAAUACGUUUUUUUGUAUCUAUUUUAAGUUAAAUUAUCGACUUUGGCACUUUUUACGUCUCACUACCGAAUACAUAAUCAAUUUCCAAAAAAGUCUGAUGCACACACAACCAAAGUUCAACUUCUUUUCUACCAAAGAUGCGAGUGAGAGUGAGAUAAUAAAUUUCAUUAAUUGUAUGCAACUUCUAAUAUAAAAUUGCAAUGCUUUUAUUAUAUUAUUUACACGCUGAUCAGUCCUUUUACAUGGUUAUUACCGCAGUAAUUCGUUUCUGUAAUAUCCGUCAUUAAAAAGUUCUAUCCUAUCUAUUAUUUUGAUUUAACAUAAUUGACUUAAAAUAUAAUAUAAAAACCAAUAAAUCGUAACUAGGUUGGCCAUAAAUAUCCCUGCGCUCAUUCGUUACAAAAAGAGUAGAUAGACUUCAAUUUUAUCGUUUUUUCCCCAGAUCUGGGGAAAUUUAUAGAGUAGAUCUAGCAACACCGGCAUUCCUAAUAAUUACCCAGAAAUUUGUCAUUAAAUAGCAACACCGCUUCUCCAGUAAGCCGACCAGAUUAGAUAGAUCGUUUAGACAGAUAAUGGGUAAGCGUAGGACUUAAGGGUCAACAAUUCUGGAGAACAUCGAGGAAUGUGGAGGCAAGUUGUUCCAUAUGUACUAAAAUGUUACAUGAAUUGUAUUAUUUCACUAAUUUCGCUACUUAUGAAGUACCAUUUGAAAGUACAUUAUAUUAGGAUUUUUUCCCAGAAAUGUGGAAAUUUUUAGAGAUUUGGCAACACCGCAUGCUUUAAUGAUAAGACUCCCUAAUAAUUACCCAGAAACUUGCCAUUAAAACGGGUAAGAGUUUGGUUCAAAGGUCAACAAUUCUGGGGAAAAGCGAAAGUGGAGUCAAGUGGCUCCAUGUCUACUAAAAUGUUAAAUGAAUUUUAUUUUAUUUCACUACUUUCAUAACUUAUGUGUUAUUUAAAUUUAUGAAGUACCAUUUAAAAGUGCAUAUUAGGACUAGAUUUUCAUCGAUUUUUCCCCAGGUAUGGGAAAAUUUGUAAAGAUCUGGCAAGACCACAUACUUCAAUCCCAAGAUCUCCUAAUAAUUACCCAGAAACUUGCCAUUAAAUAGCAACACCUCUUCUCCAGUAGAUCCCUUAGACAGAUAACGGGUAAGGUCAACAAUUCUGGAGAACAUCGAUGAAAGUGGAGUCAAGUUGUUCCAUAUCUACUAAAAUGUUAAAUAAAUUAAUUUUUAUUUGACUAUUUUCGCUACUUAUGUGGUAUUUAAAUUUAUGAAGUACCAUUUGAAAGUAUAUCGUAUUAGGAAUUAAACAUAGGGUGUCAAUUUUUUGCUUGACCCUAUUACAAAGUUGCCGGCUCUAUAAAUUAGUUCGCGAAGAUGAUUACUCACAUCUAGUAAAUCAAAUAAAUCAUAGUUUGCAUUAACAGUUAUUCUAUUUGAUCCUAAAUUUACCCACCAGAUCUAAUAAUAUUUAUUUUCCAUUAUGCUCAAUGUAAACAUAAUAAAUUUUAUUAUAUAUUAUCUAUCACAACUUUCUUGUCUAAUGUCGGUCUGCAAACUCUCCAGUUUGUCUUGGAGUAGUUUCAAAAACGUCCUUGUUAAUACAGCAUUUUCGUAGUUCUACAUUUGGAUUUCUUACCGCUCUUUAACGUUCCGCUAAGUAUACAAUUUUAUUUGGCUUAACUAUGAAAAUCAUCAUUGGUCCUUGGUUUGUCUGUCUGCCUGCCUGCCUCUUCCAUGAAUCUUUCAGCUCUGGAUGUCGUAAAUCUAGAAAAACUUCGAUCUGGGGUUGUCUCCUAGAGUUCCGAUUUUGAUGCAUUCAUUUGGUGCAGGUGUUUGUACUUCUUUUAUUUUCAUCGCUUUCUGUUCCUCCAAUUUAUCCUUUAGGACAUCAUACAAUAUUUAAAGUGUGAGCAAAUACUUUAAAAUAUGUCGUUUCACUUCUAGUUUUUGAAAUUUAGACACGCUCUUCAACCGACCGUAUGAUUUGGUCCGAGCGGAAGUUCUUUAUUCCCUACAGGAUGUUAAUGGGUUGCCUAAGAAAAACUUUACCUCGGAUAUCACAUAAAAGAAAUUGGAUGGUUAAGUAAGUACAUUCAUCGAAAGAUUCCUACUUAUUGCUAUUAAAACUAAACAUCCCCUACUUAGAAAAUUCAUAUUUAGGAUAGAUAUGCACAAACUGAAUCUAAGAAUGCCUUAUUCUUUCUCAAAUAGGCUCAAUGUCUAUCUUCUCGACACUAGGAUUAGGAGUGAAUUCGAGUUAGGCAUGCCUUUUUCUAUUUGGUAUGCUCCUAAGUGCCCUUGGAUUCUAGAGUGCUACACAUUUAGUCAGAAUAUGAGUAGAGGUUUCUCCUUACAUAAUCUGCGCUCAGCAUCUUCUACUACCCUCAUUUUGAGUUUGCAAUGCCCGAUAAGGAUCCCAGUUACAGUGCGUAGCUUAUGUUUGCCGAGACAUAUAGGUUUCCGAUCUUUUCUAGUUAUAUUCAGCCUGUCUUACCCCCAAGAGAUUGUUCCAAUUAUUGGUUCUUUUACUGCUCAAUUUCUUUUUAAUCUACUGAUAUUGUGUUACUGCUGAUACCUCAGAACGGCUCAGGUCCCACAAAGGCUGUUUGAGCCCCUUUCCUUUCGUAACUAUCUACAAUAUCGUUAUCUUUUACCGCAUUAUGUCCCGCGACCCAAGUGGAAGUAACUUUAUUUUCCUCGCUUAAGCUCAUUCAGUUUGUCUAGGCAUCUCAAGACCAUUUUUGAGACGGUUACGUAAGAGCUCAGUGCUUUGACGAUAAUCCCUUUGGUGAUGCUUUUGACCUCUUUGCUGAAUUGUCUCUUGAACUCUUGUAAUAUAGAGGUCUUGAUGUGUCAUUUGGUUAGAUACAUGCCAUACUUUCUAUUGCCUUUUGCUCGCAAUAUUUUGAACUGAGCCCUUUGCAAAAUAUCUAAAUUGUCUCCAUAUCUGACAUGUCUCCAUAAUUCUAUGCCAUAUAUCCAGUUUAGAAUAAUUACAGCUUUAUAUAUUUUAUUUUCUGCCUGUCUGGAUUUCCCGUUCAAUUUAUUUACAUAUUUUAUGUGAUCUUUUUAAAAGUUUUGGUAUCUAGAAGGGCAUUUUGCUUCUAAUUCGAAGAGAUGUUCCUGGAGAUUUGAGGACGCAGCUAUUUGAUUUUCAUGGAUUGCAAGAAUAAAAGUGUCGUCGGCAAACGUGCCUGUUGAAAUACAAUUAGAAAUUGGAAGGUAUGACGUGUAUAUUAGAUACAAUGGUGGCUCUAAAACGCUCCCCUGUGGGACUGCAGAUUUAAUUGGUUAAAACAGUGAAGUUUUAUUCUUUACUUUGGUAUUAAAAUACCGAUGUGAUAAGUAUGAUUGUAGUAAGCUAUAAAAGGGGAUCGGAAGAGAUUGAAUAUAUAAGCAUCUUAGAUUUUAAUAAUUAUCAAGUCAAAUAAUUAUUUAUUUACCAAAUGAUCACCGAUAGAACACAAUGCGUAAGAAUUAGCCAACACCCACAUUAGACACUCAAUGCAGCUCACUUCGUUCUGCCUGGGGAGGUGUCGACGGUACUACCGCAAACGUUUCCUCGCACCCCCCGCUUUUGACUGCCGUUGUUCUAUUCAUUAUGUUACAAUGAGUAAUCACACAAAAAUUUGUUUACCUGCUAACAAGUAGGUAUAUACAGAGGAAUCAAAUGCAUAAAUUAACUAAAUUACCUUUAAAUUUUCAUUUGAAUAUCAGAUAUAGGUAAUUAUCUACCAGAAGUCUGUUUAAAACUGGGUAACGCCGUCCAAUACAAAAUUGGCAACAUAUGUUUUUUGAGUUGAUAUUUCAAAUAGUACUUCGGGAUGAAGGGAAGUCAAUAACGAAAAUAACAGACGGGAUAGAACUUUCUAAUAUCGGAUCUUAGACUAAUAGGUUUAAGAUAAAUAUUUAUUCCAUCGGUAUUUUGACACAUUUAAGACUUUGUUAUUGAAAGGCGAGUAAAGGCUUGUUUUGGUUUCUUCAAAAUGUACCGUCCAAAAUGGAACAAUUGAACACUAAAUUAUUCGUCGCUUAAAUCUUUUAAUUAGUCCUCAGAUAGUUUUUUAUGUGCCAAAUAAUCAUGGAAUUAUCGUAUUACACUGACUUACGUCAAUGGAGUCAUGCUAUUAAAAUUAUAACUUUUAAUAAUCCGCAGUUUCAAAUUUACUUUUAAUAAAUUAUUCAAAAUAAUUGUAAAUAAGAACACUUUCGACAAAUAUUUAAUUAUCUACAGUCGACAGAUUACCUCAUUGCUCUCGAUGUGCGCAAAAGAUUUGCGUGGUAACAACAAAUUAAUUCGUGUGUUUCCCCUCCGACCCAUUGUGGUGGAGUUAUCGCAAUAUUUUCUAAAAUUACUCUAGUUGCGUCCUUUACUCUUAGUUGGGUCCUUCUUGAUUUCUUCAAUCAACCUCAACACUCCCGUCAGAGGAGGACGUUUUAGUCAAAUCAAUUUUCAACUUUACUUUUAACUGUAUUUUUUCACAAUAAAAUACCUUUCGGAUGUUGUAUAUCACAACAAUAACUUUUACCACAGAGUUGUUGAGGCAGUGAAUUGAGGAAAUCGAUCUAAAUUAGCAGAAUGAGUGUCUCAUGGACAUUGACGUCCACUCACCUCGAAAGAUUACAUCACAAUACUAAUUUUACCCGGCUCUAACAAUAAAAGGAAGUUCCCCUCUUACUUUAUUAGACGCAAUAUUCAAAUUAUUAGUCCUAAUUGGCUAUUGCAACUGAGCCAUUGUAGGGGUGGUUAUGCCUUUCUCAAUCUACCAUUAUGCAACCAGUAUUACACGCAACUGUACAUAUGGUUGAUUUUACAAUACUAAUGUUUUGGAUGGUCCCACAACACUCCAUGGUAUCUCUUUGCCUAGAAAGCCACGAGGUAAUCUGUCGACUGUACCUGUUCUUCACUUUAAAUAUUGACACUGCCCAAAGCACAAAUAUUUCAAAUUGUUUCUUUUCUGGUUGUAUUUUACCUCUUGUUAUUUCAUAUGUUUAGUUAUUAGGUUUAAAAUUAAAAAGCCGUAGAUAUUGGUAAAUAUUUUUAAAACGUACGCGAUAAUUCAAAGACCAAUGGAGGAGUUCUAUACAAAGAAAAUGUCGCCAUUUCCAUAUUAACGUAAUUAUAUGAACUGUUUUUAAAAGACCAUCUUCUUGGUGUUUCACGUUAUUAUUACUAUUAUUAUUACGGUAGGGGAACCAACGGCACUUUUAGGCAAAAUUUCAAUAUUUUCCUUCGUUCUUACUCUGUAGAACAUGGAAAUACUUUCUUGGAAUGUUAUAAUUGCUGCCAAACCUCAAUUACGGUCUUCGUUCGGAUAAAUGCUAUUAAUCAAAAAAAUGCGCUGCUGCACCGGCCACGAAUUCAUGGUUACUAAACUACAUUUUACCAUAAACAAGUUCUCUACUUGAAUUCCCUCCCCUCCUUUUUAGUACCUCUACCAUAACGCUCCGAAAAUUGUCAAUACCAGUUGGCGAACCCUGUAUAUAUAACCCCUACAGUUAGGCAAUCCGAUCUUUCUGCUAUUUAUUUUGUACUAUUCUGAACCGUUCUUAAAAUAGAACAAAAUAAAUAGAAAAAUUAACUGAUUGCCUAACUGUAAGGGUUAUAUAUAUUAUUUCUAAAAUAAAAAAUAUUGCUUUUACGGGACUUGAACCAGGGUCGCGAAAUCCAAAGUUAAACGCUUAACGAUCUGAGCCAUGAAGGCUAAUUAAUAUCAAGUUAAUUAUAUAAUGAACUACGUGACAUUAGCAUCUUUUUUAAGAUUGCAUCUGCAGCAAUGUAUUUCCAUCUAAUACAAGGCAAAAAUUAACGUAAAUGUGUACAAAAAAAGUGUUACUAGCUUCUCUACCAUUAGUAUGACUAGUAUUAUUUUAUUUAUAAAUAUUUUGCUGUAUUUUAGCAACAUUCAAAUAAAUUGCUCGAAAAAAUUUUCUUUACCAGUAUCUACGGAACAAAAGAUGAAUCUCCUAUUUCUUCUACUGUUGUGAUAUAUGAGUGUUUUAUUAUUUAAAAAAUACACCGAAU